AUGGAGCCAUUGGUUCGUGAUGGAGAAGUUGGCCCUUCAACAAAGACCAGCAAGAAUUCGGUUCCCAGAGUUCCCAACAGCCCUCCUUUGAGCUCCUGCUCAACGACUCGGCCUCAGCCUCACAGAUGCCUUGGAGUGGUGAAGUUUGAUGUGGAAACGGGGCAGUUUUUCAAGCUGAAAUCCUCUACCCUUCCAUACACACGAUACUUUGCUGAAUCAUUAGUCAAAGAAGCUGAGGCGGACAAUAAGAUAUUAGUACAUGAUGUGGAUCUUCAGAAGCUACUGGUCUGGUUUGCUAUGGAACGAGCUGGUUUGGUUGAGGUGGAUGGACCAACCCACUGUGGAGCAUUCAACAUUGCCUAUAUGGCCUGUUUGCCAAACAUGGUGGUUGUAGCAUCAUCGGACGAAGCUGAGCUGAUGCAACGGCUGCAACCAUUGGCGAUAGGGGAGUUGGUGCGAGAGCAUGAGAUUCUGAGUACUGUGGAAGAAGGUUCGAUUGAUGGGUCUGGGUAUCAUGCGUCUUAUUUCCUGAGCUUGAGAGUUGACAGCAAGGUGAUUACAGAUAAGUACAUUGAGCAUGGAUCACCUCCAGAUCGGAUUCAAGAAGCGGGGCUGUCAUCGAAGCAAAUCACUACGAUGGUGCGCUCUCUAUUGGGAAAAGCCUAAAGAAGCUCUCAAUUUCAAGUGAAAUGCAAAAGUGGAAUGAUUGAAUCAAUGGGAGGUAGUAUGACUCUUUACUCUAUCGCGUUAUAGACUGAAGAGUAGAACCAGUUUUAGCAAUGCCAUGGUAUUAAGGAAUUUGAUUCGACCAAUAAGAAUGAUUUAUUUGGGAAGACACGUAUCUAAUGCUCAUGGCUUGAGUUCUCCGAAAUUGCUUCUCCUGAAAUUGCUCAUACCUUACUUCACAAGAAAAGUGGUUCUCCCAAGUUCCAAUGAUUCAAGAUGAUGAGAAUUCAAAUCUCAGAACAAGAAAGUAGGAACAAAGCAUUUCCUCGGAUUGAAUCGAUCCUGUCAAGGAUCAAAGUAUCUCUCUACAUAUACAGUUAUACAAAGAGAUAUCGUUGUGAAUAUACAGUUAUACAAUAUCUCUCUACUACGAAUCUUUGGUGUUUUGAGAAUGGUUUUGCAUCAUUACUUCAUUUACGGCGCUCCAAAAAUUCAGCUGGCAUGAGUAAACGAAGUGGCAGCUGAAGCGGUUAAUUAGUAGACAAGCUACGGGAUGCAAUCAUUGUGCAAGUAGAUGGAGGCUUGAGCUAAGCUGUGUGCAGCAUUAGCUCCAACAUGUAUCUCAGAUUUCACAAUCCUCAUGCUUUUCCCAGGAACUGAUCAAUUACUCCAAUUUUAGCACCUGAAUUCUGAUUCCCCAGAAAUCCCAUACAUUCAACCGUUAAUAUUCGACAGAUACAAAGACUGCAGUCU